UUUGUAUCUGACAUUUCAGAUCCUGUUAGUAAAACACUGACCGUAGAAUAGUCUAAAAAAAAACUAUAUUCGGUCUUAUCUCUUCAGUAGUGAUUUUUGAAAGUUCGAUAUAGGGCCUACAUUAUUAUUAAGCUACAAAGUCAGAGUAAAUGUAUUAAAGUUAAGGCGUUAGUGUUAGGUAACAGUAACAUAUAGAAUUAAUAUAGUCAUAGUUGAGUUGUCUCAGACGAAUGAACAUAAUCAUAUUGAGUCGCAGGUCAGAUUGUCAGAUCUAUCGCUGGUGAGAUUCAAAAGGCAGAGUGCCUGUCGACAAGAUGAAUUUUUACCCCCCACCCCCCUUAACUCAGAAACCCAUAAAAACUAAUGAAUAAAGUAAGUCCAUUUACACCUGACACUCCUUCUACUAACUACUUCUAGUCUGGUGCCUGGGGAUUUCUGCCCCCCCCCCCCCCUCACCCCCUUAACUAUGCCUCUUUCAGAAGGAAGCUGCAGUCCAUCCUCUAGAUAUUAACUCAUAAUUGUCUAAUAAAUAUUAAAGUAAAUUACGCUAUCCGGGCAAUGACGUGAUUGCCCCCUUCCCUGACAUAAUUUCAGCCAGUACAUGCUUGUUUCCCCCAACUAAAACAUGUGUGCGGCUACAGUUACACAAUGUGGUGAGAAUUUACACACUGUGGUAAGAAACUGUAAAAAAGAAGAAAGACAAUCCAAAAGAGUUUUAAUGAAACCCCAACUUAAAGUUUCAUAGAAUGCACUUUUACACACUUUAUUUCAGUUUCCACAAAAAAUAAAAUCCAAAAGUUGUCAGAAAAUCAAUACAAUUAAUUACAAUACAUUAGUAAACCCCUUUUUCCAAAAUGCUGGAAAAUUUAAAUAUAUAUAAUUACUUUAGCUAACCAAUGAAAUUUUAAUUUAAGACAUUCCAUCGUUGGAUUAAGAAAAAGUAAUUGACCAAUACAAAAAUUCCAGAGUCUAAAGUAUGAUGAGACAAAUAUUGUAGACCAAACAUAUUGCUGGGUUCAACAGUUUAACUUUAUAUGAAAGUACUGGUGAUUAAAUGAAAUAUUGUAAUUUACAAAAAAAUAAUAUAACAAUAAUGAGAAUAAUAAUUAUUCAAUAUUAUUUUAAAAUCAAGCUAUCAGGGUCACCAACCUUUUCCUAGUGAGGAACGUCUUUUAUAAAUUAUAUCUGUUAAGAAAUUAUUUUAAGAAACGCAGGCAUUAUAAAUUAGUGGGAAAAAUAGAUCCAAAGGUAUUCCUUCAAAGAAUGAUAUUCUGCGCUAGAGCUGAUGGUUCACAACCACAGACUUUAUUGAAACUUCUUGUUAGGCGCAAUUUUUUUAGAAAUUAAGUACCGGUAUACAUAUUUAAUAAUUGUAAAUGAGCUGGGAAAUUGUUUGUAUCAAUGGUGUUUUCCUUAGUUUUAUCCCGUUAUGUAAAUAUUCUGUCUGUGAUUUUCCAGAUUUUUUACUGCCUUUUUCAUGUAAGCUGGUUUUCAUUUUAGUGAUACAUAACUUUAAAUGUUGCAGUGUUUAGGCCUAACCUUAACAACAAUCAUCUGAAGCGGCAUCAUUGAAUAUCAUGUAGAUUGACAUGUUGAAUGUUAACCAAAGCCGAAUUAGUUGUAGUAUGAUAAAUUCUGGCUUAAAUACAAUGUAAAACGAAUCAAAGGUACUUCAAAUACAAUGUGGAGCGUCUUACCCAAAGCACUAUGCUCAGUUCUGGCAGUUUUGUCCUCAUUGUUAACAAAUGGAGGUAAAUAUGCUUAGAUAUUUUAACACUUCAUUAUAACAUUAAGACAUACCUGUCAACUGAAAUGGGAAAGCCAUGACUCAGGGAAAAGCAAACUAGAGGGCCCACAGGCCAAAUCCAUCCCGCUGUCAUGUUUCAAAUAGAUAGUGAGCUGAUAUUUGAUUAUGGUGGUCUUGUAGCUUUGCAUUCAUGCUUAGUUUGAUGACCUCUGCUGUGACCUGAACAAUUAUAAUUAUUUAACAGGCUUCCACUUCCACCGAUAUACCAUAUUUGCCUCUCUUUUAACACAAAUCACAUGUCCCAUUUUUACAUUAUCCUUUGUCUAUCUUACAUUUGGAAUGCUGAAACCAAUUUGUGAAAAACAUAUAUGUUAAUUUAUACAUUUGAUUGAUAAGUGAAUGGCUGUCAAUAAUACUGCAGAUAACACAAUAUCGAGAGUCUGUACCCAUUUAAUUAAAACAACAUCACCAAAACUUUACAUUCAUUUAUAUCUUGUAUCCAGAAACAUUAAUUUAUUACCGUAUUUAUAUCCAACAGCUGGUUUGGUACUUGAGUCGAGAAUAGGCAAAAGCACCGUGGUCACAAUUCCGGCUAAUGAAACUACAACUGCACAGCUCAGUGUUUCUGUUGAGAAUAUAAGUUAUGUGCUAAUUCAGGUUAGAACCACAAUAGAAUAAUCUCUCAAAGGUCCCUCCCCACCUCAGUUAAAUUUGUUAGUUACAAAAGUUUUUUUGCAUAUGCCUGGUUAAGUCAUGAUUUUAUUUGUAAGUGAACAGUUAGAGAUAUGUCCUAUUUUUUUUCCUUUCUAACACUGAAAAGAUGCGGUUUUCAAUAAUUUUUAGCUCACUGCACACUAAAACUGAUAACAGAAACGCAGUGUCCAUGAAAAUUACUACUAUUAUUAAUAUUACAUGGAUUAUAUUGAAAGGUCAUAUCUUAUUUUUUGGGUAUUGUGCACCUAAUUUUACAUUGACAUUAGUUUUUUGCCUCCCCACACUUGCCUUGUAGACUGAAAAUUCACUGACACAGUAUAACAAAGAAGCUUGAGGACAAUUUUUACUGUUUCAUUAAUGAAAUUUUGUUUUUUUCGCUGCUUUUUUUCAAUUUAGUUUCACUGUUUGUCCUCCAACAUCUCUCUGUCAACCAAUGCAACUUUCCCAUACGAUGCAACCAAAAGAGGCACUGAUGUUGGUAUACUGACUCUAUCUGGAAAGCGCCAGAAGACUUUUACAUGGUAUAUACAUGUUGAAGGGUUUCAUGAUGUCACAGCAGUCUACUACUUGGAUAUACAUUAUGCAGAUGGUAAGUGGACACACGAGAUUUUAAAUGUUGGGAUUGACCCAGUUACGGAAGUUGAUGUAAAUGAUAGAUAAUUCCUAUAUUAUUGCUCUACGUAAUCAUUAUAUGUCAUUGUUAUUAUUACUGUGUUUCUCAUAUUUUCUUUUAAAAUACUUUAUCCCUCUGUAAUUAACAUUUAUAAUUAAUGCCAUCGGUUAAAAUGUAUAGUUCCUCAAUUCAACACUAAAUUUUUUUAACAGAACCACUUCCAGGAGGAUGUAACCAAGUAUUUAAUAUUCCUGUUGACCCAUCAAUUGUGUUAAAACCUGGCUUGCACCGUACUGACGUUUGGUUUCAAUUGGCCAACAUGGCCGUUGACCAGGACCAGUCUUUUCCAAAUUGUGAAAGUAAUAUGGUAAGGUUCACUCUGUGUAUGUAGGUUUUGUCUUGCGUAUUUAAAAAUUUGACCAGGAAUUUGGUUUUCUUCAUAUUGAUAGCGUGCUGCUUAAAUUUAUUUGUUUCUUUUCUUUACAGUUAUUGGUUAUGUUUCACUUGGUGGCUGUUGUUAUAAAAAUACCUGACCAUAUUUCGAGUUUUUAUUUAUUUAAAGUUAUCGUUUGUAAUUUAUGAAUUUUUUCUGUGCUGCAGGUGUUGAAAAAUCUUACUUACGAUGUCUACGUCUACUACCUUGCAUCUAGAGAUCUUAGCCAGGAAGAAUAUUUUGAUGGCGUGCAGAAAAUGCUUAGUCCCAAUGAUAUAUUACUUUACGGGCAGAAGGUAGGGAUUUUUUUUUUUCAGCAUUGAACUAACAGCUGUUUAAGGUCAAUCUGAUUGUUGUAGAAUAUCAAAGCCCAUUUUAGGUUUUUUCCCCCAUUAAGUACCGGUACACAUAAAUCUAUUAUUAUUGAUUGAAACAUGUUAAAUGUUUAGUAGUGAGUCUAGGGUUAUUCUUGUAACAACCUGCCAUCCACAAAUUUGAUGUGAAGAACUCAAAACCAGUUUACAUAAGCCUUACUCUAUACAAGGCAUAUCUCUAGACUUAGUCCAUUUAACAACUCAGAUAUUUUUCCUAGUCAACUGACUUUACCAAAAGGGUUUUUCCUUUUUCUAAGUUUCCAUCACGUUCUCUCUAGCUCUGAUUGGCUCUCAGUGACAUCUCCACGGCUACAUGUACACACAAACUUAUUCACUCACAGACAACUCUAAAUCUCAACCAAUCAAUUUCACUCACAGUCUUGGUCACAUUUUUCACUUCAAGGUAGAGCUAUUUUUAGCCACCACUAUUUGUCUCCCCUAAUAUGGCCUUGAUAUUGAUGUUGAUAUUGAUGUCACCAAGUAAAUGUGCUGUGUCAUCCCUUACCCAUCCUUCCCUUGAUUGGGAAAAGGUUGUUUAUGUUUGAAUGGGUUUUAUAUGUUCUAAAGAAUGCCAUCAGGUGACACAAUUUCUAGAAUGUCUUUACUAGAUCUAUCUGAUUUUAUCCCUAUAUAUAGACCGCCAGGUAUCUUAGCAGAGGGAGAGAUUUUCGCUACAUUUCCUAACAUACAUAAGUCAUUAUGCAAUUGUGUAUGUGUAAAUUAAUAUUUGUAUUUUUGAGAGAGUGUACCUUCGAAUUUGUAUAGAAAUUUAAUAGUAUAAUUAUAAUUAAAUUGAAUAUUGAUAGCAUCACUAGCUUUGGUAUCAUUUUCUUUGCAUACUGUUUUUCUCAGUCCUUUGUUAUGUAUUCUUUAUUCAAUGAGCCAAAUCUUAAAACAGAUUAGAUUUUGAAAACCAUAAUGGUACGUAACAUUGAGCCAAACUGAUUCGCCUGCAUAGUUUAACCAAGCUCAUUUACUCAACUCCAUUAGUUUAACAGACCUCACUGGUAUCAAGGGCAAGAUACUGAUGACAAUCCUUGUUCAAACUAUUUAAACUGGGGAAACAAUGCCUUGACAAAAACAGCUGAAUGAAAAACUUAUUGUUACACUCACCUCUGUUCCCUUCUGAAUACCUUGCAGAUAUUUUCAUUUAGUGAUGGCCCAACAUCUAAAUCUACAGUGGCUGUUACCUCACAGGCCAGCCAGGGUGCUGCUUAUGCUGUUUUGGUCACUAGACUGGACACGGGGCUAAAGGCUGCAUAUGUAACAGCUGUCACAUAUUCCUGUGGCACUGGAAAGGAGGACUGCACAACAGCCAGUAAGUUUGAAUUUGCAGAAACAUUUAGUGGGGAUGUUUGUGUUGCCUUGCUCAUAUCCAGGAAGUUGCUGGUUUUGAAAUAAUCAGCUGUUGUAGCAGUUAAAAACCAAACCUCUAGUGCAAUGGUGCUGGGUUGCUGAGCUCAAUCUCCAGCAAAAGCCUAGACAAACAAAAAUAUCACCAGCACCUGGGGUGGUUGGGACUUGGAUGGCACUCAUCUAAGAGAAGGCAAACUCUAAAAACAAAUCGAGACCGAGACCCAUAGGUGGUAUGACAGUGAAACAAGGAAAAUUCUAACACAGAACGCAUAAAGAACACAGUGUAACACAUAAGACACACUGCAUCCUGGUCUAUUUCCAGUCGUCUAGACUAAGUCUUGCCAUCUUGGCUCAAAACAUGAUACUGUGCAAUGUGGUUGUAAAAAUCUUUCUGUGAAGAUUCAUAAGCUGAAAAAAAUGGGGAAUUAAAACAAAAAUGUUCACAAAAUGUAUUCUACAUAUUUUUUUCCUAGGCAUUAUUGAUUGUUGCACAAAAGUGGGACAAUCCUUUUAAACUGUUGCCAGUUACCCAAUGGAGACUUUGUUAUAGGAAUACAUUUAAUUAAAGACAGACUCUGAGAAGCCUAUUGUAUGAAACUGCUAUGAAUUUUGCUUCUUUAUUUAUUAAAAAUUCACUUCUGUUUAAUCCCACUUUCAGUAACAGGUGGGAAAAUUGUGUUAUCUAUAGUUUUCGGAUCACUUGGCACAUUCCUGCUAUUCUUUGGACAUCGGUUCUUCAAAGUCAGUAAGUUAUUUCAGUUAUUUCAUUUUUCUGAUUUAAACUUCCUUCUUACCUUAAACUUCUUCCCACAUGUUUGCGGCCGUAUAUUUUAUUUCAGACAAUAUUUAUUCUUCUUAACAUUUCACUGCCAAUUUAGUUAAGUAAAAUAUUAACAGUUAAAAAAUAUCUGGUGUGUGAAUGGAAAGGACUGAAAUUAACCAUCCAAUCAAAUCAAUUGUGGAUAAAAAACAACAACUCAUUUCAAUUUUUAAAUAUACUGAGAAGAAAUCUAAACCUUUCAGCUUUGAAUCCAUAUUUCAUUGGUUUAUUACUGUCUGAUACAGAAAGGAUUUGCUAAAUAUGAACAAUGCUGCAUACUGUGUAAACAAAUAUGCCAAAAUAAUAUUAUGAUUGCACAUAGCAUACUGCACAACAAGAAUUUCAUUGCAUAGUUGACCAUUUGGCAAAGAGAUGUGAACUUAUCAAUGAACUUGUUUGAUUCAUGCAGAAACACUUAAUUAAAUCAACACAUAAGAAACAUAAUUCUUUUUUUUAUGUCUGGCCCCUAUGCUGAAGGUUCAGUGAAUCUGCUAAAUAAAACUUGUAUCUUACAUUCUUUCAGCUCAAGUACUUGUUGGCUAUGGCUUCUCAUCUCUGCUUCUCUACAUAGUUAUGUCAGUACCACAGACUUUUGAAGAUUCAGGUAAAUCUGAAGAAACAAAUUUGUAACAAACUUUUGUAUAGAGGAGUGGUCGUAAUUUUGUGUGUGUGUGGGGAUGUUAACAUUGGGAAUAAAUACACAAAUAUGUAACAAUUGCUGACAUGAAUUUGCAAGCAUCCCAAUUGUAAAAUCUAAACUUUUGAGAAUCACUGAUUUAAGAAAUUUAAAUUUAACAAUUCAUGAAUUAUUAAAUUAUGAAUAAUUAUAUAUAAAUGAUUCAAAUAUAUUUGUUACUUAACUUCUUUCUUUUAAAAAAAAAACUAUGUCCACAGUGAAAUUACCUGUUGCCUUAUCUUUGGGCAUUGUAGGAGGUUGUCUCUGGUUGGCCUUCUGGUUUCUUUACCCCUUUCCAGUGAUGUCAGUCUUCCUGGCCGGACUUGUCACUGGUUACCUGAUAUCAUCUGUACUGUUUAUAACACCUCUAGGUUGGUAGUUUGCUCUUCAUCAUGCAACAUUUACCAUUCUAUUAGGUCUGUCUUGUUUAAAAUCCCCAACGUAUUGUGGUAUUCUUUAGUUUACUCUGUAAAAACAGAAGUUAGGUUCAGAUAAAUAGUAUUGGUAAAGAAAACCUAGGAAGAGAGCAAAAACCAACCCCUAAAAACAAAAUUUUUCAUAUAAAUCCUUUGUGAUUGUGUGACUUACCGAUGGCUACAGUUCUUAAGACAUCAUUGCAUCAUAUUCCUUUAUCUUCCCCUUGAAAAACAGGAAAAACUGAUUUUUGGGGGUAGGUCUGAAAAUUUGAUAGAAUGUGUUGUCAUUGGCAACGAGUCUUCAGCUCGAUGGGAAUGACAGGACGUGGAACAAGAUUUUGCCACAAAGAAACACAUGAAAUAAGCCAAGUUAAUAUAAAUAAUUUUAAAAAUACUUCAUAACUACUAAAGAACUGCCCUUAAAUUAUUCAUCAAGUUAUUUAAGCUUUUUGAAAAGUUAAAGAAAUGUCACUUAAUCUUUUUGUUACCGAUGAGGACGCGACAUAACGAUCACCAACUUUCAAUUAUCAAGGAUGUCACAUUGUCGUCAUAACAAAGAUGCAAAGAACUUCUCUGAAAUACCAAGGACGUCAUAUUUCAUUGCUAUAUAUUUCUUUAUUCGUUAAUCUAUAGAGAAGUUAAUAAGCGAAUCGGAUAGAGAAUGAAAUAAUACCGGAAGUUUCAUCUUUAAGUUUUUUAGUUGAUGAGUCAGCAAAAAUCGAUGCCCCCCCAAAACCAGCGGUAAUGAAAGGGUUAAAAUAUUAUUUUAAAAAUGCUAAAAAAAUAUUGCUUUAAAAUAAAGCAAGAGGUUGGGAAUACUGUAUGGUAGUAAGUUUAUUUAAAUCAUAGGCUGAAACAUACUAAAUAUAACUGGGUAGAGGAAGCAUUGAUUUUCAUGCUUCAAACACGAAGAUGACCAAAGCAAUUUUCUACUUGAGUUGUAGCCUUGAUUUGAGCUGUAUUUUGUGGUGAGAGUGAGUUGCUCAAUUCGUCAGCCUCACCCUCUCAUCCUUGCCUGUUUGAUUCAAUGGCAAGAAUUAGUCAAGAUGACUGGAAAUAAACCAGGAUGCAGUUGAUGACCAGCAUUAGUAGAGACAUACAAUAAACAUAGCAGCUUCUUCAGUUAACAUAUUAUAUGCAGAAAAACCUGAAUAUGAUAAUAAUAUGAUGUAUAGAGUCUAACAGAAUUUUAAUUAUAGAAUACAUUCGAAAUAAAAAAAUAGGAAAUAGAUACAAGGCUCCUGCCCACACUUUGGCAUUUACCUUCAUAGCUAAUCAUUAAUCAAUCCAACCAGUUUAUGCCCUGAUUGGACUUUUUGUUCUUCUUCUAAUGUUUAACUAACAUUUCAGGAAAUCAUAAUUUAUCAAUUGAAAAUUCUCAACAAACAAAAUAAAACAUUAUUAUUUAUAUUUUUCCAUUAUUAUUAUCAUUUUUUAAAAUGCACUUUGUUUACGAGAUAUCCACAAUAUUUUCAUUUCCAGCAAAUGUAACUUGGUGGGUGACAACUUUCAACUAUGCCAUGGGAUUUGUCUGUGUCAUUCUGUUGUUUGCUGUUGUUCUCAUGGCCUUUACAAAGCUGGUAAGGUCUUGUGUAAUAUUCCUGAUGGAUGGGUACUGUUAAUAAAUAAUUGAACAAGAUACGUUUAUUUUAAUGCUUUUAAAAAAAUAAAUAAAGGACAAUUAAACGAUCAUUUCGGCUGAAUGCCUUCUUCAGCAGACAAUACAAUAAUAAACAGAUACAUUUAAAUAUAAAAUAAAACUUAUGCUUAAGGUGUCAAUUAAUUGUCUUGUCUUUUUUUUCCAAGCUUGAACAUAUCUUGUUCAACUAUAUUUAUUUACUUCAGACACAGUGCCCCUUAUAUUUUAUAGAUGAGUACUCCUCUUGACGCACUGAAAUUUCACAAAUAGUUUGGGAAAAAUGUUGGGCAUUUCAAUAAACCAGUAAUUGAAUUGAGGAUCAAAUGAUGAAAAUAAAAUAGAUAGAAUGUUUAGUUGUAUACAUUUUUAAAUAACUCAAUGCAUAUUAAAUCUGUUUGAUAAAUUCUAGCUAAAUGCAAUAAAGUUUAAAUAAAAUAAUUAAUUAUUAUACUUAGUCGAACAAACAAAGCACUUUUAAGUAGAUAUCCAUUCUCAUAUCAAAAGGUGAAGGAAAAAAAACGGGUGGAGUUUACAUAUUUAAAUUUUGACAAAUGCUAUGAACUCAAUGUAGUUUUUGCUUAGCUUUUUGAGUCCUACGUGAAGCAUGCCGGUGAAAAACUAAAACUGAUAAAAAAAUUACAAUGUGGUUACAAGUUGUUUUUAUUAAAUUAAUGGUCAUUGUGUAUGUUGUCCCCCUCAACCUCAGGUUACCUGUGAAAUCUUGAGAUUUAAACUUAAUAUCUCCCAAAAGAAUGUUAAAACCAUCUGUACAUUUCAUACUUUCUUCAGCUGAGUAUUUUAUCCUGUGCUGUCAUCGGUGGCUAUUUGUUUCUCAUGUCCGUCGCCAUCCCACUGCAGUCCAGCCUCAGACUUGUAUUUCUAAACUCAGUUUAUCAUCAAACAGAAGAAAACUACCUGGGGGUCAAGGUCAUCUUCCCCUUCCAUACCGAAGGUAAACAAAAUCUUCUAAAAUAAGUUUUGAAUUUUAAAGAAAAAUUAACAACCUCCAAAAUUGUUUGUUAAAACGUUUUUUAAAAAUUUUUCAAACACACAGAUAUAAUCCUCUUCACUCUCUGGCCCCCACUGGUCAUCUUGGGCGUGGUUUUACAGUGGCACAGAGAAAAAGGUCGUCCAGCCUUUGACAUUCCAAUCUGGCGUGGGAGAACAAGGAGCCUGGAGCAGGUACCACAGCAGUACUCGGAGAAUGAUGAGGACGAGGAAGAAAACAACACCAGCAGCCGAGGCAGCGAUGAUGAGAGGAGAUGGCUGUUGCCAGCCAGGAACCCAGGUUACGGCUCAUCUGCCGGCAGAAAUGUGCCAGGAAAUCCUCGUAACGGUAGAAGCAAGAACAAAAACAUGUUAACUUAACUUAAGCUGGUUUCAAAUUGUGCAGAUGGUUUUUACCUUCUUUUAAAUAAUUUAACUAUUCCAAUGAGCUGUUGUUUUUUGUGUCUUUGUCACAUGACCUCCUGUCAUUAUUUUUUGUGUCUUUGUCACAUGACCUCUGUCAUUAUUUUUUGUGUCUUUGUCACAUGAACUCUGUCAUUAUUUUUUGUGUUUUUUGGAAUAAAGACCAGCCAAGUUGGCAUUUUUUUUCUGGCUUUAGUGGUUGAGACGUUUUACUCAGGGUACACCUCCCCCCAAGAAAGGCAGGCUUUCUGGGUCAACAAAUUCAUUCCAAUGGUUUACGUUUUUUUCAUGUUGAUCAAUAUCUGGCUUUUUAAACCUGAGCUAAUGCAAUGGUAGAGAGCUAAUAAAAGAAGAGGUACUUUUCACGAAGAAAAUAACAGUUUUCUUUAUGCCUGGUUUGUAUUUUAUGUAAGAAAAUUUAUAUUAAUUUAAUGUCUGCCACUUUUAAAUUUUGAGAUAUUUUAAACAAAUUUAUGCUAACUAAUUUUCUUUUCAUGUGAUAAUGUUAACUGUAAAUUUAAAAAAAAAACGUGGAUUAAACUACUGUAAUGCCUCUGAUUGUGGUAAGCUUAUUGAUGGAUGUAAUGAUAUGAUGUUAUGGCACAAUCCCUCAUAAACAUUUUUAAAAAGCAUGUUUAACGUAUUAUCUAAAUAUGUUUUAAUACUGAAGAAAUUAACUUUGAUUUUGCAACCAUCAAAUACGUCCAUUGCUCUUUAGUAAACUUAGAUAUUUUAGUUAAAUCCUAUAGUUAAAAAUAGAUUGCACCUUAUCUUCACAGCACACAUUGUUAACUUUUAACAAAUAAUUUUUGACAGACCCAUGACACUGCCAGGGUGCAAUGUAAUGUUAGUCAAGAUUGUGUUGGCUUUUAGCCAUUGUUACAAGUUUUUUUUGUAAUUCAACCAUGUAACAAUAAAAAAUUUCAACAAGCAUUUACCUGGGGGUCUGUGAACUAUGACCAACUGGCUCAGGCCCACACCUAUACUAACUGAAAUCUUGUUUUUUUGUUUUUUUUUACAUUGAACUAUUUCAACAAAAAUGUGAGCCUUGAAUUAUUCAUCCUUGCAAAAAAAAAAUAAUAAUCACUUCAAAGCUAACUAUAGAACAAAAUCAAGAAAUUAACAUUGCUAGUUGAUAUUUAACCACUUUUAUUGAACCCCUCCUGAAAAAAGCCUGACAUUUUUAACAAUGCUGUCCAUCAUAGAAAAAGUGUGUUCAAUAUAAAUAUCAAACAUUAGAUAAUUGCAGCCGACAAUAUUUGUUAUGCUGAUUACAAAAAGAUAAUAAACCAUAAAUAUAUUUUAAAUAUCCACUGAACUUUCUUGGUCAUGCCAGAGCAUAGUUCUAAUUCAAAUGUACCGGUAUAAUUCAUAUGUGCAUGUUAUUAUAUAUUUUAUGUUGAACUAUAACUGUGUUGAUCAACUCAAGUGUAUUUUACAACUAUAAAUUCCUUUAAUGUAAUACUCUGUGUUAUUCAUGUUAUGUAACUAUAAUGUAACUUAAUUUUGAAUUUGAAUUCAUCCAUGUUAAAAAAAUUAUUUUAAAGGGAAAAAAAAAAUUAAAAUAUUUUUUGUAUCAGAUGUUUAGUUUAAUAAAUACAUAAUAAAGUGAUGCUUCAUUCACAAUGACUUCACUUUCA